CUCUUGGACAGACGCACUGGGAUUGCUGGCUCUCUCCCAGUCAGGACACCAGACACUCUGCUGGAUAUGCUGGAUAUUGAAGCCGAGAUACUGGAUGAGGAGUCUGCACCAGAUUUGGGUUUGAACGUACCACACAUGGAGUUUGUUCACAGAUUACUCAGAGGCUUUCUGCUGCUUUGGAGGAAAAUGGGGAUUCUACAACUGAGAGUGCAACAAUGAAUUAGGACGUACACUCAAGAUUUUUGAAAACUACCUGUUGAAGAGUGACACACUAAAGUGUUUCUGGCUUGCCUUACCAUGCCAUACUCAAAGCAUUUGAGAUAUUAUUGGCACAAAUACCCAUAAUCAAUAGGGUCUUGGAUUUACUUUAUGACUUACCUAACUCUAAGUGAAUUGCAUCUGGAUCCAGUGGUAGUAAUAUAUCCUGGGUAAGCUAGUUUAUUUCACUAUUUCACAGACUACGCUGUGUUAGAGAUGACUGGGGCCCUGCAUACUGGACUCAUACUCUUCUCAUUUGCGGUGUUAUGUGACAGUGAGCCAACACAUGCUGUGCCAGACAGAGUGGGGGACUCACAUGAACAACCCAGACUAGUCCAUCUAACUUCUCACUGGGCUCUCCAGUUGGUCAAUGACUCGCUUGCUUUCUCCAGGGCUGACAGCUUCUGUAGAGGCCAGCUCAGCUCACUUGCCUCUCUUGACCAGUCAGAGGAACGGGAAGGAGCCUUGGAGCUUCUUCAGCAGACUGGACUUCGCUCCCCUAUCUGGGUCAGGGAUCCCAGCAAAGCAGCCUCCCAACCUGUGGCCCUCUCCAAACAAUAUUUACACUUCUCAGCUCUAUACUUCCCAAAGGAAUCCCGGGAGGGCUUUGCCCGUGUCAUCAUGCCCUUUCCAGCCCUGUCUUCUAUCAGUGUGUGUGUUCGUGUUCAGUGGAACCAAGAGUGGAAUGAGGUGUCCACCAUCUUCUCCUACGCAGCACCUGUCUUUACUAAUGAGUUCCAGUUAAGAGGACAAGUGGACAUGCAGGGACGCAUCCUCCUGGCAACCAUCAUCCACGGGAAGCACCUGCCAUAUAAGGCGUCCUUUCCCAACGAUGGAGCUUGGCAUCACAUCUGUGUCACGUGGCGCAGGAACGGUGGCCACUGGGCUAUCUAUGUGGAUGGGGACAGGAAGGACAUGGGCUCUGGCACAGAUAUUUCAAGAGAUAUCUACGGGGAUGGGAUACUCAUUCUGGGUCAGGACCAAGAUUCAUUUGGAGGGAAUUUCACAGAGCCCUUUUUUGGAAAUAUCACUGACCUAAAUGUUUGGAAUAUUUCCCUGGAAACAAGACAUAUCCUUGCCCUCAAUGCAUGUUCACCCAUGACCCAGGAAGUGUUUUUCAGUUGGAACCUUGACCACCUAAGCAGCCAUUCAGUGGUCAAAGAGGUGCAAGUGCUUCUGUUUUGCCCAGCAAUGCACCAGCAGAUGGAGGUGCAGGGCUGCAGGACACUGCAGGGUUGGUCAGACCAGCUCCCACUGUUCAACCUGACGGACUGUUCCCAUCCACUGCCAUUCAUCUGCAGCAGCAGCAGAGAGCGUUACCUGAAGAUGAAGCAGAUAAGUGAUUCUCAGAACUCUCACCCCACUGCCUUUAUGAGCCAUAUGAUGAAGCUCUCCAACAGAACCCAGGCAGUGCUGGGCCAGCAGCCAUCGCGGCUAGGCAACCUGGCCCAGGCGUCUGCCCUGCUGGACAUCUCUGUCCAGGCCCUGGAGGACACCCAGCAAGAGGGACUGCAGCCAACAGACAUGGUGUCCCUCAUCCAGCUGCUGUCUCUGGCUGCUGACGUCCCAACACAGCCGUUCACCGAUGCCGCCAACCACAGCCAGGACAACAUCCAGGAGUUCAGCCAGCUCUUUGUUAGUGUGGCCGACAGCGUCAUCAGUGAAGACAAUGCCCUCAAGUGGCAGGCCAUCAAAGAGGUGGUGAACGGCCCCAUGGAUGUGGUCAAGAGUAUUGACUGUAUGCUGACCAGCCUGAGCCCUCGCUUGAUGGCUGAGACUGAUCACCUGACCAUUCACAGCCCAAACAUCAAACUGGAGGUGCAGCAGCAGAGGCUGCAGGACGGAUCCAGAGGAUCGAGCUUCUGUGGACAUGAGACAGAGAAACACACAAACCUGGACUGUAUUUCAGUCCCACAUCAAAAGAUACAGGAUCUCCACAACAACGGCUUCCAUAAGCUCACGUUGGUCAACACAUGGUACGGCUCUCUGCGGCCUCUUUUCAAUCCUGAGAACAACAUCUCCAUGGUUCCUACUGUCACCGAUGGAAGCCAGAGCAGGUAUUUGGGCACUGUCCUGGGCUCUUCUGUCAUAUCCACCACAGUGCUGGCAGACGACCAGACGGUUAGCACAGCAGUUCGCUUCAAGCUCCAGCACAAAGUACAGAAUCCCACUGGCACUGUGUAUGAUCCAGUGUGUGCCUUCUGGGAUUUUGAUCUCAAUCUGGAAGCUGGAGGGUGGUGGAAUACCAAAGGCUGUGAGGUAGUGUCCAAACAAUAUGGAUACACUGUGUGCUACUGCAACCACACCACCAAUUUUGCGUUGCUGCUGCAGGUUUAUGAAGCCCAGAGGAGCCUGGAGAACGAAAAAGCUUUGCAGGUGCUGACGUUCAUUGGCUGUGGAGUGUCUCUGUGUGGCCUCCUCUUCACCUUCAUCCUCUUCAUCGCUGUGGGUGUUCCUAAAUCAGACCGUACCACCGUCCAUAAGAACCUGAUUGUUGCUCUGAGCAUCGCCGAGCUGCUGUUGAUGUGCAGUGACUGGGCAUCUGCAAAUGAGGCAGCAUGCUUCGUGGUGACUGCACUACUCCACCUCUUCUUCAUGGCCUCCUUCGCCUGGAUGCUGGUGGAGGGUCUGCUGCUCUGGAGCAAAGUGGUGUCGGUCAACAUCAGCGAGGACCGCAGGAUGAAGCUCUACUACAUCAUUGGCUGGGGACUACCUGUUCUAAUUGUUGGUGUAACACUGGCAGUAUCAGUGGACAAGUACAAGGCAGAUAACCACUGCUGGCUCAAUGUGAAGACUGACACCAUCUGGGCCUUUGUGGGACCUGUUAUAUUUGUCUUGGCGGUCAAUGCAGUUGUGCUGUGUCGGGUUGUCAUGGUGACAGUUUCCAGUGCUCGCCGUCGUGCUAAGAUGCUCAGUCCAAGCUCAGCAUCAAAGAUGCAGACCUUUGACCUCACUUGGGCUGUGACCCGUCCAGUUCUCAUCCUGCUGCCAGUGUUGGGUCUGACCUGGUUGUGCGGAGUGCUGGUCCAUCUGUCUGUAGUAGUCGCCUAUGUCUUCAUCAUUCUCAAUGCCUUCCAGGGCUUGUAUAUCUUCUUAGUGUAUGCUGUGUACAACAGUGAGGUGAGGAAUGCCAUAAAGAGGAUCAAAGAAAAGAGGAAGGCCUUAUCUUUCACGAACUGUUCCCAGCCAACCAGCUUCCUACCUUCCCAGAGGGCCCCAAUUACCUCCUGGGGGCGUAGUCCACCUACUGCCUCCAGCCCUGAGACCAGUGAGACCUCUGGACCCCCCAGCUCCACUUCAACAUCAUUGGUCAUCAAGAACGAGAGCUUCAGAAAGGAGAGCUUUGUGAGUUUCUCUAUAAAACCAGCAUCAGGAAAUCAAGUGGUGCAGCUGAUUGGGUUCAAGCCAUCAGGUUGUUGAACUGCAAAUGGAGUGGAUCCUGAUACUCAUUUACAAUAAAUGUGCACCACACUGAAAGAAGAGAGAACUGGACACACACACACACAGAUCCCACCUGAAGAAGAGCACGGCCACCACACACCACACAUAUACACACACACGCAGGAAAAUUAAAAUGAAGGAAGGACCCUCUCUCACUGUUCCGUUCUCAGAUCAGAUCAAUGAUCCCUCAACUACUCACUUUUUUAACACAUCUGUUUCUUUAUCGCCAACAAAAUGACAAAGGAAAAAACUUCUGUUAUCUGUAUGGCUAAUUUAAUGUGGUUUUUGCAAUGUGGGUGUAAUAACCCUUUAAUUUAAACACAAGGAAUAUUAUCUUUUAUUUACAUUUUACUACUUUACUUAAAAUAUUACCAACACCCACACAACUAUCAGCAACAUUGUCUAAUUGUCUUUACCAAAGACAAUUAGGUCAUUUCUGACUACAAACACAGUUCUUUACUGGACCUCCAUGAUGGUGUGUCUGCUAUGAAAUAUGGGAUGCAACUCUUGCCAUCUCUUUAGCAUAAUUUCCAUAAAAUGACAUGCAUUAAUGAUCUCUUCAGCCUAUAUGUCUGGCUAAUAUUAAUGCUGGGCUUCAUUCUCACUCUCUCUCAUGUUGUUUAAAUAGCUCUGCAAUAGAAAUUCAAGUUUACCAGGAAGAACAAGGCUCCAACAUGGCAAUAUGGUGUGUUAUAUAGUUAGCAAACAUUUUCAGCAUGGACCACUGUGUUUGAUAAUGGCUUGCUAGAAAGUGUGUUACUGUUGUAAAUAGAUGAUUACAAUAAAGAAUGAAAAGACUGUACCAUUGCAGCUUACUAUGGAGCUGUAAAGCACCACCAGAUAGAUGCUGUGAGUUUAAAACCGAUAUUCUUAACGCUUUAGAAACAGGAGGUGCAUGUUCUGUUCAGUACCUAAUGACUCUAAUCGCUCUUAAACCUAUCUACAGUAUUUACUCUCAAACUACUGUUGGCUUUAGACACUGCACGUUGUCUUUUUUCUCGUUGUUCUGUAGCAGCAGCCAUUUUAACUCCUAUCCUACCAGCUUAAACUGUUCCAAUCUGUUUGUGGAGAGCAGACCUGGAAUCAUGUUUUGACUGAUAUUAUAUUUUUAAAUAAGAAUCACAAUUCUUGAUGUUAGCUGCUACGGUCUAAAAUGUGUUCUCUCUGUUGUGUUGUUAGACAUCAUGGUGUAUUGUUCAACACGAUCUGCCUGUUCUACAUUUCCACAUUUUUGUAGAUGGACAUUUGAGGAACAAAUCAAUUUUCCUCUGAAGAUACUUUAAUGGCAAAAUUACAAGUGUCACAGUAAGAUUGAUGUCUAUUUUAGAGAUAUUGAAUGACGACUUUCCAGGAAUGAUUUGUUUCUAAAACUGAUGUUUAAUGUUUUAGACUAUUGCUGAAUGUUUGCUGUGUGUUUCUAGACAGAAGUGUUAAGUCAGACACUGCUGUGACUGCUGUGUUAAAUCUAUAUAUGAGCUCUGUAUCAUUUGUGCAAAACUGAUGAAUCUUAUGCAAUAAUAGCCGACAAACAAGUGGAGCUUUACUUCACUGAAUUUUAUUGGUUUGAUGCUAUUACAAUAAAAUAUAUUUC